AUGGCUGGGAUUAAAAAGCAUCAGCUGCUUGAGAUGGCUGGGAUUAAAAAGCAUCAGUUGCUUGAGAUGGUUGGGAUUGAUAAGCAUCAGCUACUUGAGAUGCCUGGGAUUGAGAAGGCCCUUGGGAACUGCUUGCUUGUUUCCUUUACCUUAAUUGCAUACUCUGUUGUCCGCUACUUUGGUCUCCACCAUCUAUCCUUCUUACCUAAGACAAAUAAUAAUUAG